AUGAAUGCAGUUCAUAUAUUCAUUCUACAGAAUCCGGUUCCUACACGUUUGGGGGAUGUUUAUCACUCCAUUCAUCACAAGAGUAGUCAGAAGGGAGGUUUGAUUAGAUGCUGUGCUCCGUUAUUAUAUCGUUGGUUCAGGUCACAUUUGCCCGAGCGUGGUGCUUUCGUUGAUAAUAGGCACACAUCUAAGUGGGCUGAGAGGAUUAUGGGGCUUAGGGCCAAAGAUAUUGUCUGGCACAACAGAUCUUUAGAUGACAUGGAAGUUAUUAUGAGUUGCGGAAAGUUCAAAAAUGUACCUCUCAUGGGUCUUAGAGGUGGAAUCAACUAUAAUCCCGUCCUGGCUAGGAGAACAUUUGGAUAUGCUUUUAUCAGUCCCCCUGAGCAGACAGAAAUUGCUGAGAAUAUUUUCUAUCAUUCAGCCACCGACAGUGGGCAGAUGGCAGAAGCUGUACAAGCUUGGAAGAGUAUUUGUUGGAGAGAUAAGAAACAUUUUGGUCAGCGAGAUUGUGCUACUUACGAGGAUUAUACUAAGUGGGUCGACUCUGUGGUUGAUGCUCAAGGGAUUCCUUUCCCUCCUAAAGAUCCUUUGUACCCCCCUGCUGGUGAACAACCCAACAUUGUUUCCAUGCCUCAGAAGCUUUCUGCUCUUCAUAAGUUGAAAUUAAGGGAAAUAGAGUUUGAAGAACUGUAUGCUAGAGGGAGCACUUCUCAGAAGAGGCCAAGGAUGACUGUAGGUGCUAAAUCUACCAAAACUCAAGAAAAGAAGCUAAAAGAACAUUAUGAGGCUCAGUUGGCAGAUUUGACUGAAAGACUCCAGAUUCAGACUAAAGAACCAAUUCAGAAAAGGCUCGUCGUAAGAAAGCAGACAAACUCUUGUUGGAACGCCAAGGACAGAUAG